CCAGAUUUCUUCCCUUCGUUAUACUGAAAACCUAGACUUGAAAUCACUUCUGAAACCUUCUCCUUCAUGAGAGGAAUCCAACGGUGAAAGAAUCGUUGAAAACGGUCGUGAAACGAGGGAGAAAAGCUUCGCCGGAGUUCGCCGGAGUGGCCGCCGGACUGGUUUUACGGAGUAAAUUCUACUGCCGCCUUCAGCCAACUUCCGAUCAUCGCCGAACAAACCUCCUUUCCACCCUUCUGUCUUCGAUAAGACCUAGCGAUUUCAGACCUAUCGGAUGCAAGACAGACCAACCGAAGAAGGAAGAGCAGCGGGCGGGCGGCUGGCGUUCAAGCAGACGGCGGACGGCGGACGGGCGUUCCAAUGAACGGCGGAUGGGCGUUCCAACGAGCAGCGGGCAGGUCAUCAUCUUCAUCAAUUUACGGUCGGGACCGAUGAUCAGUGAUCUCUUGGGAGGCAAUUCUGAUGGGUACUCAAAUCCAAGUUCUUGUCAGAUUUACUUGACAUUUCUAGUUGAUAGCACAUUCACUGAAGAGGAUGUCUCUAGCUACUUUAGUGCAAGAUGUUAGAAUUCUAUUUCAGCAGAAGCGGAUGUUUGGUUUUGUUACGUUUGUCUAUGCGGACACUGUGAAGCUAAUCUUAGCCAAAGGAAACCCUUCAUUAUGUGUGUGACUCUCGUGUUCUUGUUAAACCCUACAAGGAAAUGGAAAAAACCUCCGACAAGAAUAGAAGGCAAAAACUGCACCAUCUGGAUAUGGGAAAGUCAUCAACAAGUUUAAGCUCAUCCGAUGUUGCUUCUAGGGAGCCCCUUGACAUUCCAUUUGGGCCAAGAAUGUUUCACAAGUCAAAGGAGGCUACACUUAGGAGAAUGUUAGAGCAUGAAGCUCAUUUGCAGAAAACCAUCCAUGGGUUUUGGUAGUUUUAGAGAAUUAGUUAAAAUAGCAUUUUAUUUACUUGAAUCUUUUUGUGUUAGGUAUCUACACCGCUUGUGCAUAUCCAGAAAUAUUGGUCAUGUGUAUGGAUUCAUUGAUCCACACACCAUUCAAGAAGUAGGCGAUUCUGUAAAUGAGGUGCAAACUGCAAUGGAGGCAAGCUGUAGGCUCAACUCAAGAAAGGGAAGAGUGAAAUGGAUUAUUCCUAUGUCUCAGAUGCAAGUUGGGAGUUAUGAAUAUGGUUAUUAUGUGAUGUUGCAUAUUUUGAAUAUUGUUUCGGCGGUAAUUCUUGAAAUGUGGGAUGAGCGAUUCGCCAAUCCGGAACCAUUCUCAUCAGAAGAGAUUGAUUAAGUACGAACUCGUUGGGCAUCAUAUUUCUUAGAAAUGACACAAUCCAUCAACGACACAUGAUGAACGUGUUUGUUUAAGUUUUUGAGUGAUGAUGAGACUUGUAACUUUAUACAAUGGGUUAUUACU